AUGGACUGGCAUGAGGACCCAAGCCUUUCUGACCCUUCAGACUGGGAAUUCCACGAAUUUUUGAAUUUGGACGCUAUGGCCAACCACCCGGACUCCGUCUCAACCGAGUCUCCUGGAUAUGACCUCGAUCAAACAACGCUUAAUGAAGGCCUCGGAUCAAUCUCUUCCCUGCCCCAGAACUUUCAUAGCAGCGAGACCAAUGCUGUCGUGGGAGUCGACAACAUUGAUCUAGUUCUCCAAGAAGAGUUAACCGGCACUACCCCCUCCCAAGAGAGACACUGCUCGUUGAACCAACAACCCUUACGACAAGAUACAAUCAUGCAGUGCCAUGUAUCUGUGACCAGUCUUCAUCAGCAUACCUCCCCUCAGCUCUCAUCUUCAAUAGCGGAACAUCAGGACGCCCUACCAACUCUGGAGUCAGAGUUUAAUCACAACGGACGACCAGAUUCACUCUAUGACACCACAAAUCCUUUUUCUCAAGUAUCAGCGAAUACCUCUGGCUCCAUGCAUGUACAAGAAUCCCCGGAGCCCGAUUAUAUACCCAUGGUCCAAUUCAUCGAUGGAUCGAAUAGGAGACAGACCCCUCUGGAAGGAUGCGGCAUCUUGAAUGUGGGGUAUCAUUCAUAUGAUACCUGCCAUCGAAAGAGGAAAAGGAACGUAACGGACCAGCAGAACAGAGAUCAGGUGAUCGAACAGGGUGGAGCUUGUCUCCGUUGCAAGUGGAAAAAGUCGAGGUGCUCCCCCGGACCAGUCUGCCAUAUGUGCGCCAAAGAAGCCAAAAGGGCACAACGAAGCACAUUGUUCUGGACCGAGUGUAUUCGGGCAGAUGUCCUGAGCUUCAACGUCUUCAUUCCUGGUGGACUCAUUCCAGCCACCCUCAUGUCUAUCGCUGAAGCCAAAAAUUUGAGAAGAGGCUCCUUUAGAGCAAGAUUUGCACAUUUCCUCGGAGAUAUAAUUACACCACAAACCCCGGGCUACUCUCCCUUGCGACUGUUGCAGUUGAACUUCCUCGCGGACCUUUCAGUCUUCAACCUACACGAAGCAGAUACACACUUAUCUCGAUUUCGAGCUAUCGCGGUUUUUGCACGUGCAAAUCACCUGUUGUCAGCGAGCCAAAUGGCUGAAGACCCGAACCAGAGCGUUUGUGGUCGUUCAACAUUUCUCUCACCAAGAGAAUAUCUGGGAGCCUUAGCUCCUGGUGCCGAAUCUUAUGUCGAGCAUUAUAGAGCACAUGCAAGCGUUGAAAUGCUCGAGUUACUGGAAGACUUUGUGCGUUCCCACUCCAGCGUGUCUCAGAGUCUCAGAAUGCCUUGUACGGGAUUGAUGAUCGUUGUUGCGUCGGUGCUCUACUGUGGCUUGGUUGAAUCCGUCCUGCCAUCCUGCCGUGAUCAGCAAACAGAAUCCCAGCAGUUCCUUGGCAAAUAUCUGCUACACAGCAUCAAAAUCUUCUGUACCUAUGCAUUCCCAUCAGCUGAAGGUCUCGUCGAGGAGCUUGGCUCUGUCGAACUUGGAGAUUCCCUCCCAGAGAAGUUUAUCCACAAUUUGAACGCCCAUCUGAAUUCAGCUCCAGUAGAGCCCUCGAUAGACAGGACUGAGCACUUGCGGUAUUUGAACUGGCCGCGUCCUGUCAGCAGAAAAGAUCAGCGGCUCGAAAGCCUCGGCUUGGAACAUGCAGGGGACGCUCAAACACGGAGUGCUGAGAAUGUUCACUGGAUCUAUUCGGGAAUUCCGCCCGCCUACACACAAAUAUUUGACUUCACCGUUGCGGAGCUUUCAGGCAUGAUGAAUGCUUUCCAUUUCCGCCCAUCUAGCCCAACUGAGCGGAUAUCAGCUUCAACGAAGAAUUGCCAGCCCGAGUCAUUCAAGACGUUCCGGUUGUUCUUGAGAGCCAGCCUCGAGGCGGCCAUCGAGAUUAUUGCCCACGAAAGAGAGCUCUGCCUCGUUCAGCGGGCGUCUGACAAUCACAACAAUAGCCCACCCAAGCUGCCCGUUAUGCAGUUCGGAACAACUGCUGAGAGUGAUUGGGCUUGCAGCAUGAUCGCUCUGGGCUCCAUGUUCAGAACCAUCGUCCUCGAUAGCUUUGCCCAUGCCGAACUGGUGCAAAGCGCCACAAUGCAACACGGACACCCAGAAGCAGCAAUCAAGCUGUGUGAAGCCGUAGAGACGCAGAUUGCCGCAGGGUUCAAGCUCUUGUGCACCCAUCUCCCUAUUUGGAGAAAAUGGACUGGAUUCGCAUCGCAUUUUGCUGGUCGAAAGUCGAUGAAUGUUAGGGUGUAG